UCAAUUGAACGGCGCGAUUUUUGGCACAGUUGCUCGGCUAAAUCGAAGUAGAUCGUUUUGCAGAGCGCCCAGCGGCAGCUUCAAAGGUUUACAACAACAACAACAACAACAACAGUUGGAAAAUGAUGCCAAUAAAACCAACUGUGAGCACCGAACAAGUGGAUGCCAAGCUAAGGGAACUGAUAAAUUGGUUCGAAAACGAAUCAAGUUUGCCCGAAAAAAUAGAGCCGAUUGUAAUGCUACGUUUCCUGAAGUGUAUGGACUACGAGAUAGACUCCACCAAAGCCCUGGUUCAGCUCAACUAUAAUCUGCGCAAUAAGAAUCCAAAUCUAUUUAUAGAUCGCAACAUGGAUAACGAGAUGACGGCCAAGUGUCUGAGUGUCUCGGAUCUGCUCAUACUGCCAGGCGUUACGCCCGAGCGCCACAAGCUCAUACUGUUUCGCAUGACCGACUUUGAUCCACGAACGCGCAACUCUGUGGAGGAGACGAAAAUCUUUUUUAUGAUGGCCGAUGCGCGCUUUACCGAACCGGAUGUCGAAAGACCCGCAGCUGAGCGCGUCGAGCAUCGGGGCUUUGGCAUUAGCGAUGCAGAUCUGGCGGACGGCGACGUGCAGAUCGUUGACAUGACUGGCUAUACGAUGCGGCACAUAGCCUACGUGUCGGUCUUUGUGCUGCGCGUCUACAUGAAAUUCCUGCAGGAGGCAUAUCCAUCGCGGCUGCGCGCGAUGCACAUCAUCAAUUGCCCCUCGAUUCUGGACAGGAUGAUGUCGCUGUUCAAGCCUUUCAUACGCGAGGACGUCUACCAAAUGAUCAACUACCACACCGAAGGCAUGGACAGCUUCUACGAGUUGGUUCCGAAGGAUAUGCUACCCGUGGAGUACGGCGGCAAAGCCGGUACAGUUGCCGAAAUCAAGCAGAAAUGGAUGCAGGCCAUGCGCGAAAAAACAGCCUAUCUGAGCGAUGAGAAGUAUUGGAGGGUGACGUCGGAGACGAAGAGCCGCUGGGCCUGGUUCUAGUAACGCCAAAUGGAGCUAAGCGCAAAUGUGAUUAAUAUGUUAAAGAUUUUCGGGUGUAAUAGCAUAAACUAAGUUUGUUUUUUACUUUUAUUUUUCUGUUUGUUUUUUGUUUUUUUUUUUUUUUUUUAAUGCCAGCCUCACGCAGAGGCAUUGAAUUUGAUGUUGAAAAUAUUACAAUGCUU